AUGAUUUUAACACAAACUGUGACUGUUGCUCUUUUUUCAAACAAUGAUUUUGAAAAUGAAAAUAUUAAUGAUAAAAUUUUGGCCAAGAUCACUUGUUAUUGUGGAACUUCAUCACAAGUCUUCAAAACUGUAUCUCAUGGCCAUACAAAAAAGAGAUGGAUUCUUAGAAACUAUUUUCGUCAUCUCAACAAGUAUUUUUUAAAUAAUGACUUAAAACCUAAAAAAGUAAAAGGAAAACUUGUUUCCAAUACUUCAUCAAUCAAUAGUAUUCAGCAUUAUAUUUCAUUAGUUCAAUGUCCAGACGAUAAUUCAAAUUCUAAAACACCAUCAACUUCAAUCCAAGAAAACAAGGAAUUAUCUUCUAUGAAAAAUGCUGCUGAAACAACUGGUUCUUUGGAUAUUUCUAAGUGGAAAAAUCCAAAGUAUAGUCUUUCAAAUAGGGAUAAACGUCGUUAUGAAAAAAGUUUACUUUUAGAUGAUAAAAAGCAAAUAAUGAUAACUGACUUUUAUGAAAUUGUGGAUUGUGUAAAAGCAGUAAUUGUUAAAAGUACUAUAAUAAAAGAUUCACUUGGAGAUUUAAAAAAAAAUUCAAAGGCGGACGAGCAGUUUUUGAUACAUUUUUGGCCACAUCAGCUAAAACAAUUGCACAAUAUUUUGAAAACCACAUAA